AUAAUCCAACACAAAAUGAAACUUUCUGUAGUAUUUGUGAUUGUUGCAUUCGCCACCAUUGUUUACGCUGCACCACAAAGUGGAUAUUCAACGAAAUUCGAUAGUAUUGAUCUGGAAGCGAUUAUUGCCAAUGAUCGUUUAGUCGAUAGUUACGUGGCAUGUUUGCUAGAAAGAGGAAAAUGUACAGCCGAAGGUGAAGAAUUAAAAAAAAACAUGAAAGAUGCUGUCGAGACAUGCUGUUCUAAAUGUUCGGACAAACAGAAGAAAGGAACUCGAAUAGCUUUCAGCCAUUUAGAAAAGAAUAAACCUGAAAAAUUAUCAGAACUUAGAGCUAAAUUCGAUCCAACUGGUGAAUACGAAAAAGAAUGCAGAAAGAAAUUGACAGCUUAAACUGAAGAAUUAGAUGAAAAAUUUUUAGGAAUAUGUGAAAUAUUA